AUGUGGUUCCGCUUUGCGCCUGAGAACAUUCGCCGCUGUGCUGGACUACUGAACGAGUUCCGCAAUGCAACCAAGGCACUGCCCAACUUGAAAGUUUACACUAGCUACAGACCGACAGAGACCACCAUCUCUGCCAUGAAGGCCGAGGCCGAUGUCCGCGACCCGGCCCUCCGGGUUCCUGUACCGGGCCGACUGCUCCCUAACUACUCUGCCUGCAUUGUCGAUGAGAACAUGAAGCCGGUACCCAUCGGUGUGUCGGGAGAGAUUUUGCUUGGUGGUAUCGGUGUCGGCCGCAACGAGUAUCUCAACAAGUCGGAGCUUACGGCGCAGGCAUUCAUUAUCGACCCCUUCGCCAAGAAUAAUGGCAACAAGAGCGCCCGCAUGUAUCGCCGGUGA